AUGCCGCCAAGAGUUAGGGGUAAAGGAAAGGGUCCCAUGCGAGGGGGACCAUCAGCGAGACCUUCACAUCAACGCACCCCAUUUGCGUCAUUUUCCAGUUCUGACUCUCAUAAUCUAUGGGGUCACUCUUUUGAACCGGCGAGACACUCUGUCUCGUUGAGUUCCUCACCUUCAUUCCAUCCAUCAUUCGGGCCGCCUGUCCCAGACGAGCCCCAGCAUUCGCACAUUCUCAACACUCCCAUCACUCCCAUGAGUCUCACCAGCUACAACCCUUUGGGCCCUAAGGAUCACUUUUCUCAGGAAAUGGAGAUGGACGACGACCCAGACCCGGAGAUGCAGACCGGAACACCGGGCCACCCAAUUAGCAUCUCAAGCGGUUCCCCAUUUCAGGGAUCACCGUACCAUGGGCCCGAUUCAUACCAAGAGAGAAUGGACGCUUAUGAUUGGUACUUUACUCCUUCGUACCAUAACUCUCCUGCUCAACUACCUUUGGUUGAACCCCAGCUUCAAGCAGUUUCACCUCCACCACUUCCUGUUGAGGAGCCGCCUCAACAGCCACCUCAGCCACCUCUCGAGCCUCCGAGGCGAAGGAGGAACGCACGUAUAUCCGUGCAAGGAGGACCUCGUUUUAGUUCUCCUCAGGGUUCAAGCUCUUACCCUCCUAUUCCCAAGGACCCCCAAAUGGGUGGACCCUAG